AUGAUGACGUGUACAAGUGGAACAAUUGAAUCACUCUGUGAAUCCAUUGUAACUCGACAAUCAACAGAAGAUUCAGAUUUAUGUACCUAUUCGAUGCAAAAUCGUCCUCCAAUUUGGAAUGAACUUUCUCAUGUAUAUCAGUUAGAUUUUGGCGGUAGAGUUACACUAGAAUCGGCAAAAAAUUUUCAAAUUGAAUUGAAAGGAAAACAGGUAAUGCAAUUUGGUCGUAUUGAAAAUCAUAUGUACACAUUGGAUUUUGAAUGGCCAUUUUCUUGCGUGACAGCAUUUGCAGUUGCAUUAGCUAAUGUUACUCAACGAUUGAAAUAA